UUCAUUCACAUAAACCAUUUGGUAACACUUUCCACAAAAUCAUAUAUUCAUAAUGGUGUGGUUUCUUCUGUUUUUGCAUCUUUUUCUCUUCCAUUUUCCAUCCUUUUCUUCUUCUUUCAAUUUUUCUUGCCAUCAUUAUGAGAGCUCUGCUUUGCUUCAUUUCAAGUCAUCCUUCACUAUAAAUUCUGAACCUGCUUAUUCUUAUUUUUGUGAUGAAUCUCGUCUUUUGAAAACAGCAACAUGGAAAAAUGAGAUUGAUUGCUGCUCAUGGGAUGGUGUCACGUGUGACACCAUCAGUGGUCACGUGAUUGGCCUCAACCUUGGCUGUGAAGGUCUUCAAGGCAUACUCAAUCCUAACAGUACCCUUUUCCAUCUUGCUUAUAUUCAAAAACUCAACCUUGCUAACAAUGAUUUCUCUGGCUCUUAUUUUCAUUCAAAGUUUGGUGGGUUUUUGAGUCUCACACAUCUUGACUUGUCUCAUAGUUACCUUAAAGGUGAAAUUCCAACUCAAAUCUCACACCUUUGCAAAUUACAAUCACUUCAUCUCUCUGGGUCUUAUCAAUACAAUUUAGUUUGGAAAGAGAGCACCUUGAAGAGACUUGUGCAAAACGCAACAAACUUGAGGGAGUUGUUUUUGGAUGAUACAGAUUUGUCUUCAUUAAGACCAAACUCCAUUGCUUUGCUAUUCAACCAAUCUUCCUCUUUGGUCACUCUUAAUCUUGCAGAGACAAGAUUAAGCGGAAAACUGAAAAGAAGCCUUCUUUGUUUACCAGGUAUUCAAGAACUAGAUAUGUCAUUUAAUGAUGAACUUCAAGGCCAACUUCCAGAAUUAAGUUGCAACACUUCUCUUAGAAUCUUGGAUCUGUCAAAUUGUCAAUUCCAUGGGGAAAUUCCAAUGUCUUUUUCUAACCUAACACACCUUACCUCUUUAACACUCUCAUAUAACUACCUAAAUGGUUCAAUCCCAUCCUCACUUUUAACACUUCCACGUCUAACUUACUUGGGUCUCAUUUACAACGAACUCAGUGGUCCAAUUCCAAAUGCAUUUGAAAUUUCAAACAAUUUUCAAGAAUUAGUUUUGAGUAAUAACAAAAUUGAAGGUGAGCUUCCAACAUCACUAUCAAACCUUCGUCAUCUCAUUUACUUGGAUGUUUCAUACAAUUCAUUUAGCGGUCAAUUCCCUUCUUCAUUAUUUAACUUGACUCAUCUUGUUACUUUAGAUUGUUCUCAUAAUAAAUUAGAUGGUCCCUUACCCAACAAAACUACAGGUCUUCAAAAGCUAACUAAUUUGCGAUUAAAUGACAACUUGCUAAAUGGUACAAUUCCUCCCUCCUUGUUAUCCUUGCCAUUUUUGCUAGUAUUAGAUUUAUCAAAUAAUCAACUUACAGGGAAUAUCAGCGCAAUCUCAUCAUAUUCCUUAGAGUUUCUAUCUCUAAGUAACAACAGGCUACAAGGCAAUAUUCCAGAAUCCAUUUUCAACCUUGCAAACCUAAGUAGACUAGAUCUAUCAUCAAACAACUUGAGUGGUGUUGUCAAUUUCCAAAACAUUUCCAACCUUCAACAUUUGAAAUUUUUGCAGCUUUCAGAUAAUAGCCAAUUAUCAGUAAACUUUGAAUCCAGUGUCAAUUAUAGUUUUUUUGAUCUAAUGGAAUUGGGUUUGUCUUCUUUGAGUUUGACUGAGUUUCCUAACUUCUCAGAAAAACUCCCAAUGUUGGUAUAUCUUGAUCUGUCUAAUAACAAAAUUAGUGGAAGUGUGCCAAAUUGGUUACAUGAAGUUGAUUUCCUAAGACGCCUUGAUCUUAGUUAUAACUUACUAACCGGUGACAUCUCUUUGUCAAUUUGCAAUGCAAGUGGCCUUGUAUUUCUCAGUUUGGCAUACAAUCAGAUGACAGGCACCAUUCCACAAUGUCUUGCUAAUUUAUCAUACCUUGAAGUUUUGGAUCUACAAAUGAACAAAUUUCAUGGAACUUUGCCAAGUAACUUUUCAAAAGAAAGUGAACUUGAGACUCUGAAUCUCUAUGGCAACCAAUUAGAAGGUCAUAUUCCUAAAUCCUUGUCUCUCUGUAAAGGGUUGAUGUUUUUAAACCUUGGCAACAACAUAAUAGAAGACAAUUUUCCUCAUUGGCUUGAAACACUGCAUUAUUUGAAAGUGUUGCUUUUGCGAGACAAUAAGUUGCAUGGUAUCAUUGUUAAUCCAAAGAUCAAGCAUCCAUUUCCAGAUUUAACUAUUUUUGAUAUCUCAAACAAUAACUUUAGUGGUCCUCUACCAAAAUCCUAUUUCAAAAAGUUUGAAGCCAUGAUGAAUGUUACUGAGUUGGAAUACAUGAGGAAUAGAAUAUGGAAUGGAGAUGGUGAUGGUAGGAACCCAUACUCAUCUUACUAUGAUUCUGUGAUUGUGGCGACAAAAGGGAACAAAAUGAAACUAGUGAAAAUUCCAAACAACUUUGUAAUUAUUGAUUUGUCAAGAAACAAAUUUGAAGGCGAGAUUCCAAAGAUUAUUGGUGAGCUUCAUGCAAUCAUAGGGCUUAACCUUUCCCAUAACAGACUUACAGGUCAUAUUCCCAAAUCCAUAGGAAACUUGACAUACUUGGAAUCUUUGGAUCUUUCCUCAAAUAUGUUAACCGAUGUGAUUCCUUUGGAAUUAACCAAUCUUAACAGUCUUGAAGUCUUGGAUCUUUCCAAUAAUCGUCUUGUGGGAGAAAUACCUCAGGGAAAGCAAUUCAAUACAUUUACAAAUGAUUCUUAUGAAGGAAACUUGGAUUUAUGUGGAUUACCCUUGUCAAAAAUGUGUGGACCUGAACAACAUUCUGCACCUUCAGCCAACAACUUUUGCAGUGAAGAGAAGUUUGAAUUUGGAUGGAAACCAGUGGCAAUUGGAUACGGAUGUGGAUUUGUGAUUGGAAUAGGCAUUGGAUAUUAUAUGUUUUUAAUUGGAAAGCCUAGAUGGCUUGUCAUGAUAUUUGGUGGUCAGCCUAAGAGGAGAGUGAAAAGAAGGACAAGAAUGACGAGGAACCAAAGUUCAAUCACGAAUCAGAAUCAGAAUCAGAUGGUGCAAAUGUCGUAGUUUUGUUGUUGUAAUUAUUUUCUCUUUUGUCUGUUGGGUUUUUACUUUCUGUUAAAACAAGCUUGACUCUUUUGAUCUUGCUAGUUUGAUUUUCAGUUGUAAGUUUAUGGUCUCAGGUCUGUUUAUAAGUGCAUGCCACAAGUUGUGUUAUAUAAUAAAAUUCCAAGUUCAUGUA